AUGAAGCGUAAUCUGAUGCUCGCUCUCGGCCUUCUUGUCCUGGCCUUGUGCGCGACCGCCACUCUCGCCGUCGAUGUCGACGAGGCAGUGCAGGAAGGCACCGCCACCGUUGUUCUUUCCGCGAACGAUGACGCGGCCGUGAAGCAGGAGACUGAGACUGUUACCGCGACGACGACGACAGAUGACAAGAAGGAAGAUGACGAAGCUGAUGAGGAGGCCGCCACGAAUCAAGACGCCGCUGCCGCUGACGACGACGAUGACGACGAUGACGACAACGUCAAGUCCUACAAGAAGGAGAAGAAGGACAAGAAGAAGGAUAAGAAGAAGUACAAGGACGACGAGAAGCUGAAGAAGAAGCUCGAGAAGGAGGAGAAGAAGAAGCUCAAGAAGGAGCGCGAGGAGAAGGAGAAGCUCGCCGCCGCCGCCGCCGCCGUCGAUAACACAGGAGACGCUGCGGCCGAGCCGGUCGCUGAGACCGCCGACGAGGACGAGGAGGACGAGAAGAAGGAGGAGAAGUACAAGGACGAGACCAAGGAGGAGAAGGAGCUCAGGAAGAAGGCCAAGAAGGAGAGGAAGGAGAGGGAGAAGGCCGAGAAGAAGGAGAGGAAGAAGCAGAAGAAGCUCGAGGGCCUCGCCAUCGCCGGCAUUGUGGAGGAAGUGGCGCUGCAUGUGGGACAGAACAACGGAACGCUCGCCGAGGCGGGCCAGGAGAGCGUCUUAGCCGUCGCUGACAGCCCCGUGACGGAUUCGCUCGGUGCCGCUACGACGACCGAGGAGGAGGAGGACAAGGCCGAGAACUGA